GGUGACAUUUCAGUUGCUGCAGGUGACAUCAUAGUCUCUGUGGUGAAGUUGUUUGUUGCAGGUGACUGAUCAGAGUUUCCGUAGAUCCUUCAUCCAUACAAUGGUCACCGAUAGGAGAACGUCCCCUGCAUCCUCCAUUCUCUCCUCACUUUCCUGGAUCUGUUCCCACAAUAGCAGCAUUGACAUCACCCUCCCGGCCUGCGGCAUCAUCCGUGUGUGGAUGCGCACGCAGUUGUUUCCAUGGAGACGGCCUGCACCAUUCAGCCAUUGUCGAAGUCUCUGAAGGAUUCAGUCACCCAUUCACAAAUGGCUUUGACAAGGGAUGGUCAGCCUCCUGCUGAUCGGUAUCGCUGCCUGGGGGAUCGGAUUUGGACUCAUCUCCAGCCUGCGGGUGGUCGGAGUCGCUGUGGCGGUCGGGAUCCUCCUGUUCCUCAUUGCCCUUGUAGGGUUAAUUGGAGCCAUCAAACAUCACCAGGUGUUAUUGUUCUUUUACAUGAUCAUCCUCUUCCUGGUGUUUGUCGUCCAGUUCUCCGUGUCUUGCGCUUCUCUGGCAAUAAACCGGGAGCAGCAGAACGAGCUUCUGGAAGUUGGGUGGAAUCACACGGCGACCGCGAGAUCGGACAUCGAGAAAAACUUCAACUGCUGCGGAUUUCACUCCUUCGAUAAGAACGUGCCUUGUGAUGCGCCCUGUCAUACAUCCGGUGUCUGUAGAACAUGUGGAUCUAUCAUCGAGGAGAAUGCGGAGAAGGUGCUGAAGGUGGUGGGAGGAAUCGGCUUCUUCUUCAGCUUUACUGAGAUCCUGGGCGUUUGGCUGACUUACAGAUACAGAAACCAGAAGGAUCCACGGGCCAACCCCAGCGCCUUCCUUUGAUGGACGUCCCCCUUUUCCUAAGACUCUUUUCCGUCCUCCGCAGGACUCUCUGCAGCUCCUCUGUUUGCUGUGGUUGGUUUUGGUUUUGAAGGAUUCAACUUUUUUUUUUUUUUUUUUUUCUUCCCGAAAUUUUUAAGUCGAAAGCUAGAAGGCUAAAAAAAUCACAAAGAAUACACAAAAAAGAAACAAACCAUCCAUGGAAACAACCAAGUAACCGUGGUAAAAUAAAAAAUAAAAAAGACUACAAAAGAACAAAAUCAGAAAUAGAUGAAGAAAAAACAAACAAACAAAAAACCCAGUUAAAUAUUAUGUGCGGAUUAUGUAGCCAUUCCUGUUUAAUUUAAGAUUUGUCCUUGUUUUGUUUGCGGGAUCCGUUGAUCGGUUUGGGGAGAAGUUACCCUCUUACCGGUUACGUUUUUUUUGUGGGUGGAGCUGGUAUUUCCAUGAAAAUUCAAAGGUGAUUGGGGCAAAUAAUUUCUCGGUGGUAAUUUCAAAGCGAAGGAUCCCGCGAAUAAUUCAUAUGGAGUCAGCACUGUAAAUACCGUAGUUAUGAAUUGUGUAAUUUGGAUGUUAAGGCCUAAAUCCACUAUAAUAACCGCAUGUACAUAGUGUAGUACUACUACUUACCUGUGCAGAAUUACUGUUAUUACGUUAUUAAAGCCCCACCCCUGCAGGGUGCCCAGCAGAUACUUGACUUCCUGUCUAGGUGGCCACCUACCUAUACAAUGGUGGUUUAUAUGCUAUACACUGGACUGCCUCUUCUGAGUACACAGACUUGGUUUUUGGACCCCCAAUUUUAAUUAUUCCAUUUUGGCACAGGUCCCCAACCCAGUCCUUUAAAGUGGUACUCCGCCCCUAGACAUCUUAUCCCCUAUCAAAAGGAUAGGGAAUAAGAUGUUUGAUUGCUGGGUACACCGCUGCCGGAGCAGGUGGCGGGGGUCGUGACAUCAUGGCCACGCCCCUCAU